AUGGAAGAUAAACCAGCAAUGAAAAAGGAGCUACUUGGGCAAAAAGAAGAAGAAGAUGGAAGAGGGCCGGUAACAUACUGUGUUACCGGAGCAACAGGAUACAUAGGUUCGUGGCUAGUUAAAUCUCUGCUGGAAAAAGGCUACAAGGUUCAUGCCGCAGUUCGCGAUCCUGAGAAAGCAUUGAUAUUUUUGAAGAAAUGGAAUGGAGGAGAACGGUUGAGACUGUUCAAAGCCGACUUACACGAAGAAGGGAGCUUCGAUGAGGCUGUGAGAGGUUGCCAUGGCGUAUUUCAUGUUGCAGCAACAAUGCAAUUUGCUGUUCCUGUCGAAGAAAACGUUGAAAGCUAUGUGCAAACAAAUAUAGUCGAACCAGCAAUUAAGGGAACCUUGAAUGUCCUCAAUGCUUGCUUGAAGAGUCAAACUGUGAGAAGGGUUGUUUUUACAUCUUCCAUAAGUACCAUUACUGCAACAGAUGAUUUGGGUAACUGGAGAAACAUUGUUGAUGAAUCCUGCAAGAUCCCCAUUGAUCGUGUCUGGAAGAAUAGAUCAAGUGGCUGGGUGUAUAUGUUAGCAAAACUUCACGCAGAAGAGACAGCUUUCCAAUUCGCCAAAGAAAAUGGAAUUGACUUGGUGUCGGUGAUAACUACAACUGUUGGAGGUCCGUUCCUCACUCCAACUGUUCCAACUAGCAUCCAGGUUCUACUGUCACCAAUCACAGGGGACCCUCAACUACUACCAGUUAUUGCUUCUGUGAAUGCUAGAAUAGGAUCACUUGCUUUAGUUCACAUUGACGAUGUUAGCAAUGCCCACAUUUUCCUGAUGGAGCAUACUGGAGCAGAAGCCUCAUAUAUGUGCUGCGCAAGAAAUUGUGGCAUGGCUGAACUUAUUGAUUCCCUCAUUGAAGAAUAUCCUUGCUCCAACUUGAAAAGGCUCGAAAAGGACAAAAGCAACUCUGUCCCAGCUGAAAUCUCUUCAAAGAAGUUGAGAGACUUGGGGUUCAAGUUCAAGCAUGAUGUGCGGGAUAUAAUCCAUCAAACUGUCAAGCAAUGUCUAGCCUGUGAGUUCCUGCGACCAGCUCAAAGCUAG